UCCUGUGCUGUAGCAGAUGGUGGUGGUGGGUCUUCAUGUUCUUCAUGCUCAACAUGGACAAAGGAUUGCUUGGCCCUGUAUGGAAUGGUUGGCUUGUGGGUGUGCAAGUUGUUCGUCUACGGCACUGGGCAGAGCAAUGGCCAAAUGAUGAUCUUCAAUUGUGUUCAUCUAGCUGUGCUCUACGAUGUCAACAUGGUUGGGAGCUGCUUGGACAAUGGAUGGAGCAAUGUAUGGCAUUGGUGUGGUUUUUGGUGUUUUUUAAUUUGGGGGAAAAUUGGGUGGGGGGAUUUUACAGUUAGGUGUGGUGGUCGUCAACUCGUCUACAUGGUGGCACUUCAACAACUUCAACCUUCUUGGUAAGCUUAAAAUCUCAAUUGAAAAAUUUAAAAAAUGCAAAAAUUAAAAAUGCUUGCGGCGCUUUGCUCCUCUCCAUUUUUUGUCCUUGUCCAGUUUUGUCCUUGUCUUGUUUC